UUAAAGUCUGCUGGGCACCAAGUCCCUUCGAGUUCAAAAACAGCUCGCAGGCUUUCUUUUAACAGGAGGUUGGAAAAUCACCCCAACUUCCAAUAAGGGACUGGCAAAGAAAUCCAAGCACCAGGAGGGUAAUAAUGAAUAAUCUGAGAGUCUUUAGUCUCCCAUUACUAGGCAAGGAGUUGAGAAAAACUACCCCAAAUCAGCAAGUGAUGGCAUGUCGUUCGGAUGCCUGUGCUCCCAGGAGCAGGAAUGAUGCAUUACAUCCACUCUGGAAAAGCCGGUUGCCGAUUCCAGGAGGCGCUCGACAAUCACCUAUCCAUAUCCAGAGGAAAGGCAGUGUCUACGACCCUCACCUGAAACCCUUGAAAAUUAACUACGAUCCGUCUCGCUGCCUCCACGUCCGGAACACUGGCUACUUGUUCCAGGUUGAGUUUGAUGAUUCCACUGAGGAGUCAGGAAUUAGUGGAGGACCCUUGGGUAACCAUUACAGACUAAAGCAGUUCCACUUCCACUGGGGAGCAGUAAAUGACUGGGGCUCAGAACACUCAGUGGACAAUCAAGUCUACCCAGCAGAGCUGCACUUAGUUCACUGGAAUUCUGUCCAAUACAGAAGUUAUGAAGAAGCUGUAAUGGGAGAAAAUGGUUUGGCUGUAAUAGGAGUAUUUUUGAAGCUGGGAGCACAUCACAGAGGACUCCAAAAGUUGGUAGAUGUGUUACCACAGAUUAAGCAUAAGGAUACUCAGGUUGCUCUUGACCAAUUUGAUCCAUCUUGCCUCUUACCUUCCUGUCCGGAUUAUUGGACCUAUUCGGGAUCUUUGACCACCCCGCCGCUUACAGAAUCGGUUACUUGGAUAAUUAAGAAAAAAGCCAUAGAGGUUGAUCAGAACCAGUUGGCAGAAUUUCGGAUGCUACUUUUUUCUGCAUUCGGAGAGGAGGAAAAGAAGAUGGUAAACAACUUUCGCCCACUUCAGCCCUUGAUGAAUCGGACCGUCCGUUCAUCUUUCCAAAAGCAGCGUAACUUGAAGCAAGAAGACAAAAUCCCAAAUCGUUCUUCAUAAACCAACUUUAGGGACUGUCCUUACAUGAACAAUGCAAUAUUUGAAUUCCUAAACCACUAUCAAAAGAAGUAAGGAGAUUCUGAGAAAAGAGCUUAGUUGCAUCAAACAAUUUGUCUUAUAAACUGAACAAAUUUGAUCUGGAAUUAUCAAAAAAAAAAUGAACUUGGCAGUUUCUGAAUAUUUAUUUUUCUUACCCAAAUGAAAUUUCAUUGUUCUUUCUUAAAAUUCACCAGAUUUUCUAGUUUUUAGAUAAAUUUUUUGCAUGGGAUUUAAAUUUUCAUUUUUCCUUUUUCAACCUACCUUGAAGUCCAGUUGUAAGCUCCUUUAUAACAUUAUUUUCUUCUUCCUCUACCUCUCACUAAAGUGACUCUUUCAAUGCCUAGGCAAUAGGCGGGCCUCAAACAAUAUUGACUAACUAAAUGACUUCUGCCCUGCUUUUUGCCUGAACAUUGCCUGUCAAUGGCACUCCUCUAACAGUUGCUCUGCUUCGUUCCUGUGUCACCUCACUCUUGCCAUUUCCUCUCAGUGGAUCUGUGAAACCCCGAGUGAAUAUAGAGCAGGGACUGCUCGGGAGGUGGAAGGAGGAAGACUCUUGGCAGAGGCCCCUGGCUCAUAUCAGUAUCAGCCAAGUGGCAACUCUCUUCUUAUUAUGCUCCAAGUCAUUUGCAAUACCAUAGUUCUAGACUUGAACCUUACACUACAGGGUAUACAUGUUCCACUCCAAAUCUGCAUAAUCAUAUUCUACACUUCAUUACAACCAAGUAAAGUCAACAUGGAGAAGAAAAGUACAAUAUAAGAAGUAAAUAUUCAUCAAUUUUCUGGGGAAAGAAGGUUCAUUUGGAGAUGAGGAAUAUGUAUUUUUUAAGCAUUUAGCCUCCAAUUGUUGUCCCCAGGCAAAAAAAGAGAAAGCACAUUAUGUACGGAGUUUAUUUUGACAGAAAUCUACAUUCUAUUUUCACUAACUGAAAAUUUCCUACUUGGAGAUAUCAGCAGGCAACAGCCUCACCCUUUGCUAUAUAAUAUCCUGGCAGAUGCUAAAGACAAAUGUAAUCCUAAACUUCCUUGGGCUUAUUCUUUAUAGAUUAAAACAGGUGAUUGUUAUCACUAUGUGCAAA